AACCCACUCCCUCCAGCUCCCAAUUUAAGAGCCGAGGAUUUAGAGUUGGAAGAGCCUGAGAGAGCCUCUAAUCCCGUCCUCUCAUUUUACAGGAAGGGGUCUGUGUGAGAAGCGUGUGAUGCCCCUCUGAGUCACAAAUUCCUGCUUUCUGAGAAGCCUGGCUUCAACAUGGCCACGGGGGACCUGGAGGUGCUGGACAGGGGUCUGGGCUGCCCCGAGGCCAUGGAGGAGCUGACCAAGUCAGUGGAGAGAUCCAGGAAAGAAUCGCAGGAGGAGGAGGAGGAGGCAAAAGGUGGUGAGAGGGCAGAAAGCAGAGAAGAGACAAGCAGCCAGGUGCAGGUGCAGGGGCCCGCUGAGGAGGAGCAGGCCCCGGAUGGGAUCGGGGAUGGUGCCAGGAAGCCCUCGAGGGUGAAGGCAGAGAAGGAGCACUCAGCCGACAAGGGGGGCUCCGGAAAGGAGAGAGGGAAGACAGCUGCAGCUCCUAAGAGCGUCCCUGCUAGGAAGAAAAUGAAGGCCCACUCCCAGCCCCAGGUGAAGCCACAGCCCCGGACGCUGGGGCCCCCGAGCGACGAGCUGCCUUGGGGAGAGAUCACCCUUAACAAGUGCCUGGCGCUGGCCUCGGUCGUGGCUGUCCUCAGCAUGGCCUUCCAGGUGUUCCAGGAUGUCAUUGAUGGGGAGGAGGAGGGCCCGGAGGCUGCCCCGGCCCUGUGGGCCUGGCCAGGCAGCAGUGCCCCGAGGGACAGCAGAGCCAAGCUGCAGCCCAAGCCCAGAGACUGGGCUAAGGCGUCAGCACCAGCCCCACCUCCAGGGCCCAAGCCCCCUGUGAAGGAGACACCCCGGACUGCCAUGGUCAAGGAGGCCUCACCCAAAGAGCCGGGCGCAGAGGGGCAAGAAGCAGAGGGCAAGGCGAGCCCUGCCCCGGCCCCAGAAGCAGCCGUUCUGCCUGAGAAGCCGCCCUGGGCAGCGCUGCCUAAGAAGGAGGAGAAGGCCAGGAACAAGAAGGGCUUCCGAGAGGACAGGGCCGAGCCCCAGUGGCAGCAAAGGAAGGAGGGCGGCCACGGGCCGCGGCUGCGCCGAGAAGGGAAGGAGGAGGCUCCACGCAGGCCCUGGGAGCGGGAGCAGGAGCACCGGCCCCCCGGCAGGCGGGAGGACUCCAAGAAGGCCCGGGAUGGACCCAGGAGCAAGAGAGAAGAGCAGCGGGGCCGCGGGGGGCGCGAGGGGCGCGAGGACAGGGACAGGUUCUUCCCCAAACAGAAGCACCGGGAAGGGAAGCGGAGGGACUGAGGCGGCCCCAGGAGGCCCGUCCCUGGCUCCCAGAGAGCACAGCCCUGCGGCCCAGCUCCUGCGUCCCGUUUCACCUGUGCUGUGCGGCCUGGCCAUCCCACCCCUUCUCCCUGUGACUCGUGUGGCCACCUGCACUCAAAUCCUGGCUCUCCAGUUAUUGUCUGUGUGCCUUGAGCAAGACACUUCUCCGAACCUCAGCUUCCCCUCCUAGACAAUGAGGCCUGACUACCACUGAGUGACUGUGACCGUGGGGGGGAUCGGCGCCAAGGUGCAGCGUGCAGCCUCUCUGGGGGGGCCGAGAGCUGCCACCAUAGCUGCUCCCCCAGCCCCUCCCCCAGCCUCCCGGGGGUGGUAGGGUUCCAGGGACACGAUCUGAGUUUAUCAAAGUGAGUGUUUAACAAUAAAAACACCAUCGUUCAGGCUUA